UCCUACUUGCAAAAUGAGAACUGUUGAAGUGAGCAGAAAACCUCACCUGUGUCUGUUUGCUGUACGAGACAUUCUACCAGGAGAGGAAAUCACUUACAAUUAUGGAGACUCAGAUUGGCCAUGGCGAGUCAAGCCUUUGAAUAAAGCAUCAGCAGAAUCCACUGAUAAAAAGCCAGCCAGCAGUUUGCGCCUGCAUAAAUCCCCCCAUUGUGCAGCUUCUGUUUCCUCUCCUGAACUGGACAAGGUAAACAGCAAUGGUCCUCAUAAGCAGUCAGGCAAAGCAAGAACAUCAAGGAAUAAAACGCCACUCCAAAGUCCAAGUCACCCACGUCACCUUCACCUCGCCUGUGCAGGCCCUCAUCAUCCUCGCCUGCCUACAGAGGAGGGAGUGCAUCAACAAAGCUGCUUGCGAAUGUGGCAUAAAGAACCUGAAGCACUGUCAUCAACUAGGCUUAGGAAACACAUAGCAACCAUGUCUAAAAUUCUUAACCUUAAUGAGAAUGAAGCAGACCAACUGGCUGAUUUCCUUGGUCACGAUAUCCGAAUCCACAGACAGUUUUAUCGGUUACCAGAGGGAACACUGCAGCUGGCAAAAAUGAGUAAAGUCCUAAUGGCCAUGGAGAAAGGAACACUGUCUGACUACAAAGGAAAGAAACUUGAUGACAUUGAAAUCGACCCAAAUGAGCAACUUGAGGCCCAAGGUGAUUCCAUGUCAAGUGAUGAGGAGGAUUCCAGUGACCUCUCUCAGACACCAGCACCAGCACCAGUACAGACUGAUCAACCUGUUCAAUCUGAACAAGCUGUUUUCACAGGAGGAUCAAGGUUCUUCAAAUGCUCCAAAAAGAAAUGGGAGGACAGUGAGUAA